GCUUGGGCCUUCUGCAAGCCAAGUUGGAACGGAUCAGCUGGUUGAGGUCCUCAAGCAAGCGUUCCAGUCUGCAUUUCUUCCUCCGUCGGAAGUGAAGAAAGCCGAUUCGCCUGUUGUCGAGACCAGGGAGCUUGUGCUGAGAUCUUCCUCAGAAGCGCCUACAAUGCUCUACCCUCCUGCUCAUGAACCUGCCGCGACGCCUGCCGUGAUGCCUGAACAGCCAACAUCGCCAAGCACAACAGUGCCUGGCACACCAGCUGUGAAGGAGACCAUGGUUGAUGAGACUUUGGAGGACGCGGGGGGUGCGAAGAAUGCCUCCAACCUGGCCCAAUUGGGGACAGUCCCACCAGAACCACCUACUGCACCUUCUCGCCAACUUUCAAAGGAGGAUGUGAAGGGUAUGAGUGAAUGUGAAAUUCUCAAGCAGUAUCGCCUUGGUUUGGUCCCCGAAGAGUUCAUCACAAGCAAGACCUGCAAGGGCCUUUACAUGCGGCUCCGCCGGCAGAUGGAGAAGGAUGAUGCUGACGUCAACUUUCCUCAAAUGAGCAAGAUGUUUGCGGGAAGCACCAAAGAGAAGCUUGGGUUGCUACGCUCCUUCUUGCAGAAUGGGGAGAACGCGAAGGCCUGUGAGACACAGAUCCGGCUGGAGAAGACGUGGGAACAUGAGUACGAAGGAAAGGAAGAACUCCUGACUGUCCGUGAGAUGAGAACUCGUGGCAUCAGUGA